GCGUUCUCCAGCGUCUUCUCCCCUUCGCCACUCCGUCUUUCCACACAAAUGGCGAAUCGUCUUCUUCCCUCUUUAUAGUCUCACUUCCCCGAUCUCCUCUCUCUUCCAGCGAAGAAGAAGUUCUAUAAUCGAUAUUUUUCUCACAAUGAAUCCAGACAAGUUCACUCACAAGACCAACGAAGCCAUCGCCAGCGCCCACGAGCUCGCCAUCAGCUCGGGCCAUGCGCAGUUCACUCCUCUACACCUUGCCCACGCACUCGCCAGCGAUCCCGCCGGGAUUCUCCGCCAGGCCAUUGCCAAUGCUGCCGGCGGUGCGGGCGAAUCAGCGGUCGCCUCAUUCGAACGCGUUUUGAACCAGGCGCUCAAGAAGAUACCAUCUCAGCAUCCUCCGCCCGAUGAGAUUCCGGCUUCGACUUCUCUGAUCAAGGCUAUUCGACGUGCGCAAUCCUCGCAGAAGCAGCGUGGUGAUACCCAUCUCGCUGUCGACCAGCUCAUUCUCGGCAUACUCGAGGAUUCUCAGAUUGGGGAUUGCUUCAAAGAGGCCGGGAUUUCUGCAUCCAGGGUGCGGUCUGAGGUCGAGAAGCUUAGGGGAAAAGAGGGCAAGAAGGUCGAGAGCGCUUCAGGUGAUACUAAUUUCCAAGCGCUUAAGACCUAUGGCCGCGACCUCGUCGAGCAGGCUGGGAAGCUUGAUCCGGUGAUCGGCCGGGAUGAAGAGAUCCGGCGAGUUGUUCGCAUUCUAUCUCGCCGGACCAAGAACAACCCUGUCCUCAUCGGCGAGCCUGGGGUCGGCAAGACAGCAGUUGUUGAGGGUUUGGCUCAAAGAAUCGUGAGAGGUGAUGUACCAAGCAAUCUUGCGGAUGUGAGGCUAAUUGCUCUCGACAUGGGCGCGUUAGUUGCCGGAGCGAAGUACAGGGGAGAGUUUGAAGAAAGAUUAAAGGCUGUCCUCAAAGAAGUAGAGGAUGCGGCAGGAAAGGUUAUUCUAUUUAUUGAUGAAAUUCAUCUUGUUCUUGGCGCUGGUAGAACUGAGGGUUCCAUGGAUGCUGCCAACUUGUUUAAGCCAAUGCUUGCGAGAGGGCAGUUGCGAUGCAUCGGAGCCACAACACUGGAAGAAUACAGAAAGUAUGUUGAAAAGGAUGCAGCCUUUGAGAGAAGAUUCCAGCAGGUUUAUGUGGCUGAGCCCAGUGUUCCAGAUACCAUUAGCAUUCUUCGAGGGUUGAAGGAGAGGUAUGAAGGCCAUCAUGGUGUUAGAAUACAAGAUCGGGCUCUUGUUGUUGCAGCACAACUUUCAUCAAGAUACAUAACUGGCCGGCAUCUUCCUGACAAAGCUAUUGAUCUGGUUGAUGAGGCUUGUGCUAAUGUGAGGGUUCAGCUGGAUAGCCAGCCCGAGGAGAUUGAUAAUCUGGAGAGGAGGAGGAUUCAACUUGAAGUCGAGAUGCACGCUCUUGAGAAGGAGAAGGAUAAAGCCAGCAAAUCACGGCUUGCUGAGGUUAAAAAGGAGUUGGAUGAUUUGAGGGACAAGCUUCAACCUUUGGUGAUGAGAUACAGAAAGGAGAAGGAAAGAAUAGAUGAGAUUAGAAGACUGAAGCAGAAGCGUGAAGAGCUUUUGUUUGCAUUACAAGAAGCUGAACGUAGGAUGGAUUUGGCUCGAGCAGCUGAUCUCCGAUAUGGAGCUUUACAAGAGAUUGACGCUGCCAUUGCCCAGCUAGAAGGAGAAGCUGGUGGUGAGAACUUGAUGCUCACCGAAAAUGUUGGCCCUGAUCAGAUUGCAGAGGUGGUGAGCCGUUGGACUGGAAUUCCAGUAACAAGACUUGGCCAGAACGAGAAAGAGAGACUUAUAGGCCUUGCUGAGAGGCUUCAUAAAAGAGUUGUUGGCCAGGAUCAAGCAGUAGAUGCAGUGGCAGAGGCAGUUCUAAGGUCCAGAGCAGGUCUUGGUAGGCCUCAACAACCUACUGGUUCAUUCCUGUUCUUGGGUCCAACUGGCGUGGGAAAAACAGAGCUUGCAAAGGCUCUUGCAGAGCAAUUGUUCGAUGAUGAAACACUAAUAGUUCGAAUCGACAUGUCUGAGUACAUGGAGCAGCAUUCAGUGGCUCGUUUAAUUGGUGCUCCACCAGGAUAUGUUGGCCAUGAGGAAGGAGGGCAACUCACUGAAGCUGUGCGGAGGAGGCCUUACAGUGUUGUCCUCUUUGAUGAAGUGGAAAAGGCUCAUAUAUCUGUCUUCAACACCUUGCUCCAGGUGCUCGAUGAUGGCAGGCUCACUGAUGGUCAGGGAAGGACCGUGGAUUUCAGCAAUACAGUCAUUAUCAUGACCUCAAAUCUCGGAGCUGAGCAUCUUCUUGCUGGCAUGUUAGGCAAUUCCUCAAUGAAAAUAGCCAGGGAGCGAGUCAUGGAAGAGGUGAGAAGGCAUUUCAGGCCUGAGCUGCUCAAUCGGCUUGAUGAGAUUGUAGUAUUUGAUCCAUUGUCCCAUGAUCAACUGAAAAAGGUCGCAAGGCUUCAGAUGAAAGAUGUUGCUGUUCGUUUGGCUGAGAGAGGAAUUGCAUUGGGCGUAACAGAUGCUGCCCUUGACGUUGUGCUCUCUGAAUCUUAUGACCCUAUCUUUGGUGCAAGGCCUAUCAGAAGAUGGCUGGAGAAGAGGGUGGUAACCGAACUGUCAAGAAUGCUAAUAAGAGAAGAAAUUGAUGAGAAUUCCACAGUGUACAUCGACGUUGUGCCGGGGAAGAAGGAGCUCUCCUACAGGGUGGAGAAGAACGGUGGAAUGGUGAAUGCUUCCACUGGGCAAAAAUCUGAUAUUUUGAUACAGAUACCUGACACUGCGACUGUGAGCGACAAUGCUGCGCAGGUUGUGAAGAGGAUGAAGAUUGAGCCGGAGGAUGAAGAUGAAGACAUGGAUUAGCCUGAUUAAGCUCUGUUUUGUGUUUGAGGUUUUUAAGUACUUAUAUUUACAGGCUGAGUGUUUGCUUGUAAUGUUUUUGUUUUUUUGGAAUGAAUGAUUGGAUGUUUUGUAUUGAGCUUUUCAAAAUCUCAUGGCAAGGACGCUCUAUUAUGAGUUUUUUUUCCUA